GUACGGAUUACUUAAAAAAAAUAAAAGAAAUAGAAUGGGAAGGGAAAGACUCUUAAAGCUCAUAGUCCCCCUUCCCCUAUCUCCGUAUCCUCAAUGGGCCCAGCCUUUUGUUCUUCCCUCUGCAGGCUAUGAACCCACCAGACCUUUACACUGCCCAAGAGAGAGGCUCCGCUUGGCCGAUUUACUAUCAUCCAAUUCAGGGUGCCCCCACUGGAUAAUGGCUUGGGCAAGCCCCCUCCUGCCAUGUCUCAUGGUAGCCCUUUCUGAGGCACUGACACUCUUCUAAUUUCUUAGGAUCAGGAUAGCAAACUGGCUUCAAUGGCAAACAGACCAGGCCACAGUGGCUUUUUAUAGAAAGACCAUCUUGAUCUGGAGGCAAGUCCCCAGAGCCUCUUGAAUCUGUCCAGUACAUACCCCUCUGGAACAGGCCUCCUUGUACCCCAUGCCUGGCUUACACCCUCUCCUGAAGGCUCCAAAGGCUCCCAGCGCACCCUGAUUUCUCCACCAACCUCAGCUCUGCAUGUGGCGUUUAUGUGGCCGGAGUUGGGGGAGGGAGGCCCGGGCCGAGGGAAGGGGCAGGCCUGGCUGUGGAGCCCCUCCUCCUUUGGGCCCUGCCUGGAGAGGGAGGGAUAAAGGAGCAUCGGAGCAGGCCUGCUUGAUGCUCGCUAGCGGCUACAGCUGCAAUGGACAGAGUGAAGUCAGAUGGCAGCGGCCAUGGUAGAGAGAGCAGCCCCCACUCCCAGCGGCCAUGCAGGACAUUUGCCCCAGGGGCCUGUCGCUGGGGGUUGAGCUGCAACUUCACUCAAGACAGGAGGGCGUCCCAGGUCUGCAGAUACUUCCAGCGAGGCUUCUGCCUCCAUGGGGAUCAGUGCAGCUAUCAGCACCCUCAGCCCCCUGGCCACCUGGAAUGGGGCCGGCGCCACUCUGAGCCACGUGUCCCCCUGCCAGGACCCUGGCUGAGGCUGACCCGCAGGGGCUCCGAGCCCACCUACCUGCCGUCUGUGGCUGUGGCUUGCUCCUGCUGGGGCACGAAGCCUGGCCUGGCAGGGUUGGCCGGCAAGGCUGAGGAGGUUGGUGGCAGUUCCUGGAAGUCCCUGUCACCAUCAUCAGCUGCUGAAGACAAUCACAGCUACUCCCAGGAGCCUCAGCCUAAGUCAGACCCUGUCCAGGAGCUCAUGGCCCCGCUUCAGAGCCUGGACCUGGAGCUGCAGCAGAGGGAGCAGGACAGUCGGGACGUCGUGUGUGGCAUCUGCAUGGACAAGGUGUGGGACAAGCCAGAGGCAGAGCGGAUCUUCGGCAUCCUGCCCAACUGCACCCACGCCCACUGCCUGGGCUGCCUGCGCGCCUGGCGGAAAAGCCAGCAGAGCUUCCCGCUGGCGGUCAUCAACAGGGCCUGUCCCCAGUGCCGUGUCCAUUCCAGCUACAUCAUCCCCCACAAGUUCUGGGUGAGCAAGGGGGCUGAGAAGGAGCAACUCAUCAGGAGCUUCAAGGCUCGGACCAGCCAGAUCCGAUGUCGGUUCUUCAUGCAGGGGAAUGGCCGCUGCCCCUUCAAGUCGGAUUGUAUUUACCUGCACCAGCUACCGGAUAAAGCCCUGACCUCUGAUUCUCCCUGGACUGAGAGUAUGCAGCUGACCUCUGGGAGUGAGGUGCCGGGCCCAACAGGGUUCCAAGGGGGCACCGAGCAGGAGGACGAAGCAUUCUUCGUGGACUGUGCCCUGGCCAUGGCCUUCUGGGGUUCAGAACUCUUACUGGAUACCAAUAAUUCUUACCUUUGCCUUCUGUGACCAGGAUCAACAUGUGGGGCCAAGGGGCAGGGGGUUGCUAGGUGGUAGGUCUUUUCCCUUUCUGGGCUUGGUGGGGGGUGAAAAUAACAAGUCCUCCAUGCCCAGGAAGCUCGUACUGACACAGGGAGGGAACAGGGGAAGAGGUGGGGGGCACUCGGGGAAGACGAAGUGUUCACUCUCUUGCCAGGGACAUGGUUUUUAAUGUUGCUUUUUGUAGGAUUCUGGACAAAACCCAAUAAAAUGCAUCUAAGUCAUUA